AUGCCCUCCAUCUCCAACCAGGUUGAUACACUCGUCACACGUGUCCACGCGCGCUAUACUGCCUGCUACUUCAAGCAAUCGGAUAACUAUCAGUAUACUGUCUUAGCGGCUUUCGUGCUUGAAUCCCCUUACGCGCCGUCGACUGGUUACUUUUCACAUCCAGACAACUACAAGGUCGUAGCACUGGCCACGGGCGUCAAAUGUCUACCCACUGAUCGUUACCCACUUCGCGGCGACGCAUUGCAUGACAGCCAUGCGGAGGUACUCGCUCGACGCGCAUUCAUUAGGUGGCUCCAUGAAGAAGUUCAACGAGCAGUUCACGCGUCGAAGGGAUCCAUGUGGAUCAAGCAGCGCACUGAUGGGAAGUGGGAGUUGGGUGAGGGCGUGAAGCUGCAUAUGUAUAUAUCAACAGUCUCAUGUGGUGACGCAUCAAUGCGCUUUCUCGCGUCAUCUCAAGAUCCAGCAAUGGCAGCGCUGAAGGACGCUGCUCCUCCUGCAUCCCCUCCACCUGGAGCUGCAUCACGCGGACGAAAUAACUACGCUUUACAUACUGUACUUCGUACCAAACCAGGACGGGCAGACUCACCUCCAACGAUCUGUAUGUCAUGCAGUGACAAGAUUGCAGUGUACAAUGUCCUUGGCGUUCAAGGUGCCUUGGCGGCGAAUCUGUUCGCCCCUAUCUACUUGAGCCGCAUUAUCAUCGGCGACGUCCCAGAGCAUAUGCAAGACGUCGUGCGGCUUGACUGCGAACGAGCGUUCUACAGACGACUAGAUAGCAUACAAGGUCUCCCAGAUUCAUAUCACUUAACAAGGCCGACUAUAUACUUCACGCAUGUUGACUUUGAAAACUCGCGAACGGCGUUACAAGGAAAAUACCCGAAGCGCCCACUGCCUCAGUCUAGCAACGAAUCUCUUUGUUGGUUUGCAGAUUCUGUAGGAGGAAAGGGCCAAGAAGUGAUCAUCAAUGGAAUUCGUCGAGGUGUUGGACCUAAACAGCUCGGAUUGGAGAGGUUUCGACCACUGCUAUGCAAGCUCCAAUUGUUCAGACUACACGAGCAAACGAAGAAUGUACUUGGUCUUCCGCCCACUCCGCUAGGAAGGUCAUAUCAUACUGCAAAGCAGUCGGAUCCGGCGUAUACAAGGGCGCGGUCAUUAGUGAAGGGACCAGGAGGCCCGUUCGCAGGCUGGAUAGUCAGCGGAGAACAGUACGAAGCCUUCGAUGUUGACGGUGACAUUCUUGGCGAGAUUCCAACAGAGGGCACACCUAACGUACUCGGCACUCGGACGAUUGACUAGUUAUAUCAAUUAUACCUUGAAGUAGCAUUCAUGUGAUACCCC